CGCUCCCGAGCCCUCGCUUUCCCGCUGCGCCGGGACGGCGCUUCCCAGCAGGAGCUGCGCUGGACCCGCCGGUCUCCCACCCGGUCUCCAAGCCGCGGGACGCUGCCCGUCUGACGCUCUGCCUGAGGCCUGUCUGUGAGGGACCGGGGGGCCACCCCCCUCCAGGGAGGAGGCCAGAGGCUGCAGGUUCCCGCCAAGCAUGGCGCCUGCCUGGGGCCCUGGUGUGGCGUCUGUGGUUGGUCCCGUGGGCUUCCUCGUGGUCCUGCUGGUCGGAGGCUGCGCGGCAGAAGAGCCCCCCAGGUUCAUUAAAGAGCCCAAGGACCAGAUUGGAGUAUCAGGGGGUGUCGCAUCCUUUGUGUGCCAGGCUGCGGGUGAUCCCAAGCCUCGGGUGACCUGGAACAAGAAGGGCAAGAAGGUCAACUCGCAGCGCUUUGAGACCAUCGAGUUUGACGAGAGCGCGGGAGCCGUGCUGAGGAUCCAGCCACUGCGGACACCUCGCGAUGAGAACGUGUACGAGUGUGUGGCCCAGAACUCUGUCGGAGAGAUCACCGUCCACGCCAAGCUCACUGUCCUCCGAGAGGACCAGCUGCCCCCCGGCUUCCCCAACAUUGACAUGGGCCCCCAGCUGAAGGUGGUAGAGCGGACCCGGACGGCUACUAUGCUCUGCGCUGCCAGUGGCAACCCUGACCCCGAAAUCACCUGGUUCAAGGACUUCCUACCUGUGGACCCCAGUGCCAGCAACGGGCGUAUCAAGCAGCUGCGAUCAGGGGCCCUCCAGAUUGAGAGCAGUGAAGAGACCGACCAGGGCAAAUACGAAUGUGUGGCCACUAACAGCGCUGGCGUGCGCUACUCCUCACCCGCCAACCUCUACGUGCGAGUCCGCCGCGUGGCCCCUCGAUUCUCCAUCUUACCCAUGAGCCACGAGAUCAUGCCAGGUGGCAACGUGAACAUCACCUGCGUGGCCGUGGGCUCGCCCAUGCCAUACGUCAAGUGGAUGCAGGGGGCGGAGGACCUGACACCGGAAGAUGAUAUGCCCGUGGGUCGGAAUGUGCUGGAACUCACGGAUGUCAAGGAUUCUGCCAAUUACACAUGCGUGGCCAUGUCCAGCCUGGGUGUCAUCGAGGCUGUGGCCCAGAUCACAGUGAAAUCUCUCCCCAAGGCUCCUGGGACGCCCGUGGUGACGGAGAACACAGCCACCAGCAUCACCAUCACAUGGGACUCGGGCAACCCAGAUCCCGUGUCCUACUACGUCAUCGAAUACAAAUCCAAGAGUCAGGAUGGGCCAUAUCAGAUCAAAGAGGACAUCACCACCACGCGCUACAGCAUCGGAGGCCUGAGCCCCAACUCCGAGUAUGAGAUCUGGGUGUCUGCCGUCAACUCCAUCGGACAGGGUCCCCCAAGUGAGUCAGUGGUCACCCGCACAGGCGAGCAGGCACCAGCAAGCGCCCCAAGGAAUGUGCAGGCCCGCAUGCUGAGCGCGACCACCAUGAUCAUCCAGUGGGAGGAGCCUGUGGAGCCCAACGGCCUGAUCCGGGGGUACCGGAUCUAUUACACCAUGGAGCCCGAGCACCCCGUGGGCAACUGGCAGAAGCACAACGUGGACGACAGCCUGCUGACCACCGUGGGCAGCCUGCUAGAGGACGAGACCUACACCGUGCGCGUGCUGGCCUUCACUUCUGUGGGUGAUGGCCCCCUUUCUGACCCCAUCCAGGUCAAGACGCAGCAGGGAGUGCCUGGCCAGCCCAUGAACUUCCGGGCAGAGGCCAAGUCGGAGACCAGCAUCGGGCUCUCAUGGAGCCCCCCAAGGCAAGAAAGCAUCAUCAAGUAUGAGCUCCUGUUCCGGGAAGGCGACCUUGGCAGAGAGGUGGGAAGGACCUUCGAGCCGGCCACGAGCUUCGUGGUGGACGACCUCAAGCCCAACACGGAAUACGCCUUCCGCCUGGCCGCGCGCUCCCCGCAGGGCCUGGGCGCCUUCACCUCGGUGGUGCGGCAGCGCACGCUGCAGUCCAAACCGUCAGCCCCCCCUCAAGACGUUAAAUGUGUCAGCACUCGUUCCACGGCCAUUUUGGUAAGUUGGCGCCCACCGCCGCCGGAAACGCACAACGGGGCCCUGGUGAGCUAUAGCGUCCGCUACCGACCGCUGGGCUCAGAGGACCCGCAACCCAAGGAGGUGAACGGCAUCCCCCCGACCACCACUCAGAUCCUGCUGGAGGCGCUGGACAAGUGGACGGAGUACCGCAUCACGACUGUCGCUCACACAGAGGUGGGGCCAGGGCCCGAGAGCUCGCCCGUGGUCGUCCGCACCGACGAGGACGUGCCCAGCGCGCCUCCGCGGAAGGUGGAAGCGGAGGCGCUCAACGCCACGGCCAUCCGCGUGCUGUGGCGCUCGCCCGCGCCCGGCCGGCAGCAUGGCCAGAUCCGCGGCUACCAGGUCCACUACGUGCGCAUGGAGGGCGCGGAGGCCCGAGGGCCGCCCCGCAUUAAGGACAUCAUGCUGGCCGAUGCCCAGGAGAUGGUCAUCACAAACCUGCAGCCUGAGACUGCCUACUCCGUCACGGUAGCCGCCUACACCAUGAAAGGCGAUGGCGCUCGCAGCAAACCCAAGGUGGUAGUGACCAAGGGAGCAGUGCUGGGCCGCCCCACCCUGUCGGUGCAGCAGACCCCCGAGGGCAGCCUGCUGGCACGCUGGGAGCCCCCAGCUGGCACGGCAGAGGACCAGGUGCUGGGCUACCGCCUGCAGUUUGGCCGCGAGGACUCGUCCCCCCUGGCCACACUGGAGUUCCCGCCCACCGAGGACCACUACACAGCUCUGGGCGUGCACAAGGGGGCCACGUAUGUGUUCCGGCUGGCAGCCCGCAGCCGAGGCGGUCUGGGCGAGGAGGCGGCCGAGGCCCUGAGCAUACCCGAGGACACUCCCCGUGGCCACCCGCAGAUCCUGGAGGCAGCGGGCAACGCCUCGGCCGGCACUGUCCUGCUCCGCUGGCUGCCACCUGUGCCCGCUGAGCGCAACGGGGCCAUUGUCAAGUACACGGUGGCUGUGCGAGAGGCCGGUGCCCUGGGCCCCGCCCGAGAGACCGAGCUGCCGGCCGCGGCCGAGCAGGGCGCCGAGAACGUGCUAACACUGCAGGGCCUCAAGCCCGACACAGCCUAUGACCUCCAAGUGCGGGCCCACACGCGCCGGGGCCCUGGCCCCUACAGCCCCCCCGUCCGCUACCGGACGUUCCUGCGGGACCAAGUCUCCCCCAAGAACUUCAAGGUGAAAAUGAUCAUGAAGACGUCAGUCCUGCUCAGCUGGGAGUUCCCCGACAACUACAACUCGCCCACACCCUACAAGAUCCAGUACAACGGGCUCACACUGGACGUGGACGGCCGGACCACCAAAAGGCUCAUCACGCACCUUAAGCCCAACACCUUCUAUAACUUUGUGCUGACCAGCCGCGGCAGCAGCCUGGGCGGCCUCCAGCAAACCGUCACCGCCUGGACUGCCUUCAACCUGCUCAGCGCCAAGCCCAGCGUGGCCCCCAAGCCCGACUCCGACGGCUUCAUCAUGGUGUAUCUGCCCGACGGCCAGAGCCCAGUGCCCGUCCAGAACUAUUUCAUUGUGAUGGUGCCACUGCGCAAGUCUCGCGGAGGCCAGUUCCUGACCCCGCUGGGCAGCCCAGAGGACAUGGAUCUGGAGGAGCUCAUCCAGGACAUCUCACGACUUCAGAGGCGUAGCCUGCGGCACUCUCGCCAGCUAGAGGUGCCUCGGCCAUACAUUGCAGCUCGCUUCUCGAUACUGCCAUCCACCUUCCAUCCUGGUGACCAGAAGCAGUAUGGUGGCUUUGACAACCGGGGCCUGGAGCCUGGCCACCGAUAUGUUCUCUUUGUCCUUGCUGUGCUGCAAAAGAGCGAGCCUACAUUUGCAGCCAGCCCCUUCUCAGACCCCUUCCAACUGGAUAACCCAGACCCCCAGCCCAUCGUGGACGGCGAGGAAGGGCUCAUCUGGGUGAUCGGCCCCGUGCUGGCUGUGGUCUUCAUCAUCUGCAUCGUGAUUGCCAUCUUGCUCUACAAGAAUAAACCUGACAGUAAACGCAAAGAUUCGGAGCCCCGCACCAAAUGCCUGCUGAACAACGCCGACCUCGCCCCUCACCACCCCAAGGACCCCGUGGAGAUGAGACGCAUUAACUUCCAGACACCGGAUUCAGGCCUCAGCAGCCCCCUCAGGGAGCCGGGGUUUCACUUUGAAAGCAUGCUCAGCCACCCGCCCAUCCCCAUCUCGGACAUGGCAGAGCACACCGAGCGCCUCAAGGCCAACGACAGCCUCAAGCUCUCCCAGGAGUACGAGUCCAUUGACCCAGGCCAGCAGUUCACGUGGGAACACUCCAACCUGGAAGUGAACAAGCCCAAGAACCGCUACGCCAAUGUCAUCGCCUACGACCACUCCCGCGUCAUCCUCCAGCCCAUCGAAGGCAUCGUGGGUAGUGAUUACAUCAACGCCAAUUACGUGGACGGCUACCGGCGGCAGAACGCGUAUAUUGCCACGCAGGGGCCCCUGCCCGAGACCUUUGGCGACUUCUGGCGGAUGGUGUGGGAGCAGCGCUCUGCCACCAUCGUCAUGAUGACGCGGCUGGAGGAGAAGUCACGGAUCAAGUGUGAUCAGUACUGGCCCAGCAGGGGCACCGAGACCUACGGCUUCAUCCAGGUCACGCUGCUGGACACCAUCGAACUGGCCACGUUCUGUGUGCGGACGUUUUCUCUGCACAAGAACGGCUCCAGUGAGAAACGCGAAGUCCGCCAGUUUCAGUUCACAGCAUGGCCGGACCAUGGGGUGCCCGAGUACCCAACACCAUUUCUGGCUUUCCUGCGGAGAGUCAAGACCUGCAACCCCCCAGAUGCAGGCCCCAUUGUGGUCCACUGCAGCGCGGGCGUGGGCCGCACAGGCUGCUUCAUCGUCAUCGACGCCAUGCUCGAGCGGAUCAAGCCAGAGAAGACGGUGGACGUGUACGGCCACGUGACGCUCAUGCGGUCCCAGCGCAACUACAUGGUGCAGACUGAGGACCAGUACAGCUUCAUCCACGAGGCCCUGCUGGAGGCCGUGGGCUGCGGCAACACCGAGGUGCCGGCCCGCAGCCUCUACGCCUACAUCCAGAAACUGGCCCAGGUGGAGCCCGGCGAGCACGUCACCGGCAUGGAGCUUGAGUUCAAGCGGCUGGCCAACUCCAAAGCCCACACGUCCCGCUUCAUCAGUGCCAAUCUGCCUUGUAACAAGUUCAAGAACCGCUUGGUGAACAUCAUGCCCUACGAGAGCACGCGGGUCUGCCUGCAGCCCAUCCGGGGCGUGGAGGGCUCUGACUACAUCAACGCCAGCUUCAUUGAUGGCUACAGGCAGCAAAAGGCCUACAUUGCCACACAAGGGCCUCUGGCAGAAACCACGGAGGACUUCUGGCGUAUGCUGUGGGAGAACAAUUCGACCAUCGUGGUGAUGCUGACCAAGCUGCGGGAGAUGGGCCGGGAAAAAUGUCACCAGUACUGGCCAGCUGAGCGUUCCGCCCGCUACCAGUACUUCGUGGUGGACCCGAUGGCGGAAUACAACAUGCCUCAGUACAUCCUGCGGGAGUUCAAGGUCACAGAUGCCCGGGAUGGUCAGUCCCGGACUGUCCGGCAGUUCCAGUUCACAGACUGGCCAGAACAGGGUGUGCCAAAGUCAGGGGAGGGCUUCAUUGACUUCAUUGGCCAAGUCCACAAGACCAAGGAGCAAUUCGGCCAGGAUGGCCCCAUCUCUGUCCACUGCAGUGCCGGUGUGGGCAGGACGGGAGUCUUCAUCACGCUCAGCAUCGUGCUGGAGCGCAUGCGGUACGAAGGCGUGGUGGACAUCUUCCAGACGGUGAAGAUGCUACGGACCCAGAGGCCAGCCAUGGUGCAGACGGAGGACGAGUACCAGUUCUGCUACCAGGCAGCGCUGGAGUACCUCGGAAGUUUCGACCACUAUGCAACCUAAAGCCAUGGUUCCCUGGGUCCAACCACCGGCCCCUGUUGCCUCCGCUCGCGCUGGGUGAGCCCACAGAGGCCUGGACUCCCCCGGCCCCAGGCAGGAGGAGGUGGCGGCCACGGCGGCAGCAGCAGCAGCAGCAGCAUUUCUGCACGGUCUCCGGGAACGAGGCAGCCCCUCAAGCCCCCCAUGCGGCCCCCAGCAAUCCCCCUGGCACCAGCUGCCGCCUUCAAAUACUUGGCACAUUCCUCAUUUCCUUCCGAUUCCAAAACAGAUUCCGGGGUGGGGGUGGGGGGUGGUGAACAAACAGGGCUUCUCCCCAGAACCAGAGGAUGGGGGUGCAGGCCUUGGAUUUGACCCCUGGUCCUCCCCCCCGGGAGUCGUGCUGCCCUGAAGCCUGGGGGUGCCAGGCUGGGGGCAGAGUUCAGCUUUCUUUUGGAACUCAGUGUAACUGUAUCCAGUGACAUUUCCUUUUUUUAAAUAGUGUAUUUUUUUCUUUUCUUUUUUUUUUUUUAAGAAGAAACAAAACAGAAAAAAAGACUUGCCAGUCAAUGAAUUUAAAAACUUUGCUUAUUAUUCCUAUUCUGUUACAGACUAUUUUUUCACCGUAGCAAGUGUUCCUGUGUGACGGCGCGUCCUCGUGGGCCCUCCCUGCCCGCGCGCGCUCUUUUCCCACCAUCGGAAGGUGUGCCUUGCUCAAGAGUAGGAAGUCCCUUUGCUCCUCGUUUCUUCUCUUCCCUUUCUGGCUUUUGUUUUUUGAUUAACUUCUCAGACAUAUCACGAACAGCUCUGAGGGCAGGGCAGCGGGCAGCUCGGGCCCACCAGCGCGGGAUUUGAACCCUCCGAGGCGGGCACUGCCACAAGAAGAUGGCAGCGACCCCCUCACUGCCUGAGCCCCCUGCCUCCCGCCCCCAAGGAGGACUGAACAAAACGGGGAGGUCCCCACUACUCCCGGGGGGGGCAGUAGAGGCCACAUGCUGCCCUGGAUCAGGGACCCACCCCCUGGGACUACGGGGCAGUUCUGGGACAAAAACAGAAGGACGGGACCCCUCAGCCCCGAGCAAGUGAGUUUUUCUCUUUGUACGAGAGCGGAUCUGCCGCUGCUUCCGACACUGUUGAUUCGAGUGGAAGCAGCCGGCGGUUUCCCACCUCUGUGUAUGUAGAUAUAUCGACUUUGUAUUAAAGGAAGAUCGUCCGACCCCGGCCGGUGGUGGCGUCUUUGCUGUGCCCCGCCCACCCCAUCUCGUUUCUGGGGCAGGCAGGGACCUAAACAAUUAUCCUCUCUCCUUGGACCAGUGAGCUGGGAGGCCCCCGAGGUGGUAUUGCCUGUCCAAGGUCACGCGGCAUCUGAGGGGCCGUGCUGGGGACCCAAACCCACACCUGGUCCUGCAAAAGCUGCUUCGUGUUCUAGUCCAUACGAUGGCCCCUGAGCAGCGCCCCUGGGCCAGCCAUCCGAGGCAGGCGUCAGCAGCCUGAUUUACAAGUGAAGGAACCGGUUCAGAGAGGGGCAGCCACCACCCCAAAGUCACAGAAGGUGCUUGAAGUGGAGCUGGGGUUCACGCCCGGGUUAGGUAUACCCGCUGCCCCCAGACACCACGGUGUGCUGUGCUCCCAAAGCAGAGCUUCCCAUACGGGGAAACAGCGGCUUGGGAACACUGUUCCCCAAGUUCUAGGCCACUCAAUGAGUUGACUUCUGAGCUACAGGCAGACUCCCCCAGUGAAUGGAGGGUGAGCCGUUCUGUGUCUACACCCUCACCUGAGUCCCUCCUCUGGCAUAGGUGCCUGAGGUGGCAGGAAAGGGGAGAGGAGGGGGCCCAAUUUAGGGAAAAGUGGGCUCUCCCCUUUUAGAAACUAUCAGAUCCAAUAGUCAAAAAUUAAUUAUAUGUGAUUUUAUAUAGAUAGGGUAUUAGCCAUAAAUGGUGUGACUACUACCAUUAAUAAACUUAGUCAAGUUUAUCAAACCCUGUGCCCCCUACCACCCCCCCAAAUUCUCAAACACCUGUGAAAGUUUAUCAAGAUCCACAUUUAUAAGAAUCAGCAGUGAGGAGCCUCCCAAAUGCCAAGAAACAAAUACUAGAUAAUCUGAGCUUCACCCCAAGAGGUAGAUUCUACAAUUAAAAUUAACCUCUUCUGAAAAGGUCUUUAGUGCGAGAUGGUGAAACAUCUCUAAGGCAUGGAUUAAAGAUGGACUCAAUGUAGAUAUUGUAGUUUUUUUAUCAAUCACCAUUUCAAAUGUUACAUUACAUAAUGAAACCCGUGGGAUGCAGCCAGAGGCAUGCCCAGAAGAGCAUGGGUAGCCCUGAGUACACUGAUUAAGAAAAUAAAUUCUGGAAAUAAGUGAACUUUAAAAAUGAAUCAAGCUUUCAAUCCAAAUAACUAGAAAUAGAAUAGAUGCAAAUGAAGAUUAAGGUGGGAAUUAAUUCCAAUUGGGCAUUAAAGGUUUUUUACCCUAAAUCAAAAACUUGGAAAACACCAAAAAUUAGAUCAUCUUAGGCAAGCACAAUCAAUUAAAAUGAAAGUAGAGAGCGCGCCAGCAAAUUGGGGAGGACAUUUUACAGAUUGAGGAUUUUUCUUUCAAGUAUAAAGUGAGAAUUGGGGAGACUAGCGGGAGAUGGGGAGCCGUGGCAGAGCUAGCUUAGGACAGUUUCUCACUGUCCCUUGUGAGAUCAUGGGCAACGCAGACUCUGAAGAGAGAGGAAGCGUGUAGAGGACUAACUACAUUCGUAGUUACUGUGCUGAAUUCGGGACAUGGGGUGGGGGGAGGAACCCCCUUCUUAGUGACAGAUUAUGGGACAAAAUGAACAGAAAAGUCAGCCUCUAAUCAAGCCUAUUCAUCCCGGGCUUUAGCAACAGGCUGCUAUGCCCGGAGAAAUCUUACUCAAGCCUCAGCCCAGCAGUCAAGGUCUGCUUGAAAGCAUUUCCUAGUCCCCUUCUCUGGUCUUCCAACCCUAUCGAGGCUGAAGUUUCUGAAUACGGUCUCUUUUUCACCCUUGCUGCAAACUAGACAAAGAACCUUCAGGAAUAAUAAGUGAAUGAGGUGGUCAGGACUGAUUGGGGGUAGAAGGUGGCAGGCUGGGAUUUACAUGAAGACUUCCUAGAAGGAAUUACCUCAGCUGACCACAGACACGACCCCUGGACACCAUGUGUCAUCCCCACUGACCGAGCAUUUACUUGUUUGGCUCACGCGCAUUUAAAUCUUCUGAUAGCGCAGAGAUAGAUGGGAAAACAGUCCAAAGAGUCAGGUAUUUUGUUCAAGAUCGCAAAUGGUAAGUGAUGGAACUGGGCAUGGCCCCAGGUCUGCCCACUUCCCACGGCCAGAGUGAGGGAGUUCAAGGCUCUGUGAGCCUCACCUGCCAUGAAUCAGUGCCAGUCACAGCAGCCACAGGCUGGGGGACAGCCCAGUGUAGAGCCCCACUUCCAUCAUGCACCCCAGUCAAGGGCCAAAGCAUCUUAAUGCUCUGGAAAUUGCAAAUACCCUCGAUGCUACUUUGUCCCUAGAAACAAUGGUUUAAAAGAGUUUCAAACAAACAAAAAAAUCACCAGUGAGGAGAAAUGGGCAGAACCACAAUGUUGUAGAGAGAGAAUCUACUUGGACAGCAAGCCCAAACCAAUGAAAUAGUGAUAAUCUUGGGGAGGUGAAUAAUACAAUGGCAAACGUGAUUAAAUAAAUAUGUAAAUAUAUGUAUCCAGUAAAGAAUGUACGUGUUGUCCCAACACUCAGCCGUUACAAAAAUGGACCAUGUGUUAAAGCACAACAGAAAACAACUUUUUGACUUCACUCACUAGCCACAAUAAAAUUAUAAAUCAGUGACAUACUUGAAAUCCAUAGAGUUGGAAAUGCUAAAACAUGCAUUAAAGAUAAAUCACACAUAGAUAUAAAAUGUUUAGAACUGAAUGAGGACACCACAAAUGAAAACCUGUGGGUUACAACAACCAAAAAAUGUAUGCAGAACUCUAAUUAACGUCUUAUGUAGUUAUGAGGGUAAGGAGCGCACUGAAAAUAAGCAGCCAAAGAAGUAAUCUGAGGAAAAUAUGUAGCCUUAUAUAAAUUUAUGAGGAAACAAAAUGAAGUAGCUCAACCAUCAACCAAAAAAACCAAUAAACCAAGGGAAAACAUUAGGAAAAUCAGAAAGUAACGCAAUAGAAAACUAUAAGUAAUAAAAAACGGAUAUUUGGGAAUACCCAUAAAAAAGCCAAACUAUGCUAAGAAGACAGAGACAUAAAUAACACUUGGGAUGAGAGAGGAACCAAUGACUCUUACAGAGGAACUAUUUUAAUGGAUAAGCAUAUACUAUGUAAUAUAACUUUAUACUAAAAGAUGUCCAAAAUGAUAAAAUAGAAAAAAAAAAUCUAAGAAUAAAUGUCAAAAUCAAGCCAACUCAUUAAAAAGUG